AUGGUAUCUCGCGACGUCUUCCGGCUCCCGCCCGCCGCGGCAGCUCUCGUGCUUCUCUCGACUCUCUUCACCACUACCGACGCCGUCGCCGUGCUCCCGCAAAAAACGCAGCAUCUCCCCUUUCGUGUACUCGAUGUCGUAGACUGGCCUCUGCAGACGCCGAUGCCAUGGCUCGGAAGGAGACAGGACUCCAGCACCAACACCGUCUGCGGCUACAUCGGCGGCGACCCAGGCUUCGCGGCAACAUGCUCCGCCGGCUCGCACUGCGCCAUGGACGCCUCCGUCUCGGCCGUCGGCUGCUGCCCGAACGGCGUAGCCUGCACGACGGGCGUUUACACUAGCUGCGUCGACCAGAACAGCCCCACCCCGUCGGCGUACGACCCGUACAUCUACACCUGCCAGGGCUCCAACGUGUGCUACAAGAACACCUACGAUGGCGGCGCAUACCAGUACGGAUGCGGCACGAGCAGCCAGGGCUUCUACGUCGCGGCCACCGCCUCGGGGCUGAGCACGACUGUCUCCAUCACCCACGUCUCCGGCAUCGUCACCAAGGCCGCCAGCACCGCGUCCAGCUCCAGCUCCGGCAGUUCUUCGGCGUCAAGCUCUGACUCUUCGACAACGAGCUCCUCGUCCACGACCAGCAGUUCCAGUUCCAGCUCCUCGCCAACCUCCCAGGCGCCCAGCUCCACAUCUUCGCACCCUGCGGCAAGCGGCGGGCCUCACUCGCCGCCGACACAGGCACAGCAGGACGCCGCCCUCGCGCGCAACGGCGGAAUCAUCGGCGGAACCGUCGCCGGAGCAGCAAUCUUCGUUGCCAUUGUGUCUGUUGCGUUCUGGAUGGGCAAGCGUAAGGGCAGGAACCAGCGUGUGGGCCCCGGCCAGGGCAAGGGGCCUUCAUAUAUCAGCCCCAUGACGAACCAGAAGGACUUCACCCAGGUUCCGGGUCAGGACACCAUGUUCGACCAGGCCGGCUACGGGCAUCCGUCUAUGAUGCCUGGCGCCCACGGGACCACCACGUCCAUUACCGGAGGCAACGCCGCCCACAGCGGGGGCUCCGUGAAGAGUGGUGGUGCCGGUGGUGCCGUUGCGUCCGGGGCGGUUCGUUCCGGAAACGGGGGAGAGGAUGAGAUCCCGCUGACGCACCAGAAUGAAAUGACGGAGUUCCUGAGGGGCUACCACGAGGCCAUCUCCCGCCCGGAGGGAGAAGAGGUCCGCCAGGGCAGCGCUGGAGGUGCUAGCACGGCGACGGGCGCGACUGCGACCGAGUUUGGCGCGUCCCCGAACGCGAACGCUGGCGGCGCUGACAUUGCGGAAGAGAGGCCGUUGUGGCAGCAGAACAGGAGGCAGAGCCGGAACUUGAUGUGGAUGUAA